AUUCAGUGAACUGUCCAGUCGUUAUUUCCAUGCUCUCAGUACGACUUUUUGUCCGGUUACUUUAUGAAUUUAAUUUGGAAGGACAUGACACGCAUCCAUCUUUUUAUUUAAAACAGGAGUUCAGUUCCACAUGUGACCACAUUCCAAGUUGCCAUGGCGCCACAUCCAGUGGUCCAGGCCAUCAUUGACCUGUCUGCUGGAGCCCUAGGGGGCACGGCCUGUGUGUUCAGUGGCCUGCCCUUUGACACAGCCAAAGUGAAGAUGCAGACCUUCCCCACCAUGUACCGGGGCUUCCUGCACUGCUUUGUGUCCAUCUACCGGCAGGUGGGCCUGCGAGGCCUGUACCAGGGCACCACGCCGGCACUGCUCACCAACAUCGCUGAGAACUCGGUGAUCUUCAUGAGUUACGGCUUCUGCCAGAGCGUGGUGGGCCGGGUGUGUGGGCUGGAUGGAGAGGCCGCACUCAGCGAUGUGCAGAAAGCCUGUGCAGGAUCUCUGGCCUCUAUCUUUUCCUCCGUGGUGGACUGCCCCACAGAGCUGGUGAAGUGUCGGCUCCAGACCAUGCACGAGAUGGAGGCCACUGGCAAGGUCGCCAAGGGGCAGAACACCAUGUGGUCCGUCGUUAGGACGGUGAUGCAGAACAACGGUCCUCUGGGAUUCUACCAGGGUCUGACCGCCACCAUUGUUCGGGAGGUGCCCGGGUAUUUCUGCUUUUUCGGGGGUUACGAGCUGAGCCGGACCACCUUCGCCAGAUCCAUGGGGAGAGACAAAGAGGACAUCGGGGUGGUCCCGGUCAUGUUCAGCGGGGGGUUUGGGGGUGCCUGCCUGUGGCUGGUGGUGAAUCCCAUAGACUGUGUGAAGUCCAGAAUCCAGGUCCAUUCCCUGACUGGACGGCAGCAGGGCCUUGUCAAAACGUUCAUGGGCAUCGUUCGCACUGAAGGAUUCGCUGCUCUGUACUCCGGCCUCACCCCCACCAUGAUCCGCACCUUUCCCGCCAACGGAGCGCUCUUCCUCACCUACGAGCUGAGCCGCAAGCUGAUGAUGCAGCAGUUCGACAGCUGAGCCAGUCCUCUUCAACAUCAUCAUCAUCAUCA